UGACAAAAUUGCAAUACUCACACACAAGCAGUAAGAGAAAGGGAAAUAUCCGUAAACCAAAAUAAAUUCAAUGAGUCAGCAAGAUGCUAUUAAAUUGAGAGCCGAGAUAAAAGUGCGGCACUUAGGAGCAGAAGACACUUGGAAAGUUGGUCAAGGCGACACAAUGGCCAAGUAAUUAAAUUAAACCUCAAAAACAAAAAAAAAACGGAAAUCGAAAUCCUCAUCCUUCUGUGCUGCAGAGAGUUUCAUCUUAAACCCUUUGAACGGUUAAAAGGACUAAAUGCCAAAAAAUGGUCUAUGGCCGUAGCAUAGCUGUUGGCAUUUGCCUAAUAACCAUUGUCUUGGUCCUGGCCAUGGUGAUCUUCUAUCUGAGUUUGGGCCCCUGUCCUGCUGGAACUUUUGCCUGUGCCACCACUCAAUCACAGUGUGUGCCCCAGCGGCAAAUGUGCGAUAAACGUCCCGACUGUGCCGAUGGUAGCGAUGAGAAUCCUGUGGAAUGCGGCCUCUUGUAUGGCAGCAAGGAGAUUGCCGAUAAAAUUGUCCGUGAUGCGAUUGAGAAAAAGCAGCGCAUCACAUUGACGGGAACAAAUUUAAGCAUCGCGAUUACAGCCCUGCCCCCGGUGACAAUGAGAAAUCAAACUCAAUCUAUGAAUUUGAACAUGACUUGUGAUAUCAUCACAUAUCCACGCACCUGCCAAUGUGGCCAAGGAACCAUUCUCUAUUGCGGCCGCUAUGCCAAGCUACGUCGUUGGCCUCGUGUCAGCAUGGAGGUGACCAAUCUGAUUAUCAUACGCAACAAUUUAACCCUACGAGAGCAUCUCUUUUCAAAUUUGACUCGUCUGCAGAAGCUGACCCUCAAGUACAAUAACAUAUCACAUGUUCCAUUCGAUAGUUUUAACGGAUUGUCACGCCUCGAACGUCUUGAGGUUAGUCACAAUAACAUCAGCCAUUUGCCACAUGGAAUCUUUGAUGGUUUGCAUUCGUUGCAAUGGCUGUUCCUGGUCAACAAUUAUAUGCGACGCUUUCCCAUGGCCCAUUUGGGAUUGUUGCCUCGCUUGGAGUGGCUUGUACUUAGUCACAAUUAUCUAACAUUGCGCAACGAAAAGUUCCCCGAAAUAUCAAAGCUAUUCGAAGUUUAUUUGGAUUUCAAUCGAAUCGAAUAUAUUGGCGAGGAAACUUUUGCAAAAUUGGAUAGUUUACAUUUGCUCGACUUGCAGUACAAUCGCAUUACCCAUAUCCAUGGACGAGCCUUUGGUAAGCUCACAAAUCUGCGAGAUAUCCGCCUCGUUGGCAAUCCCAUUAAGGAAUUAUCUGGCGAAACAUUUCUGCACAACAGUCACCUGGAGGCACUAUCUCUGGCCCAGAUGCCGCUUCAUAUUCAUCGCAGUUUGAUGCAACCUUUGAAUAUAUCAUUUUUAAAUCUCACUGGCAUACGCUAUGAACGCAUCGAUUUCAAAGCCAUUAAUGGCAUACGUAAUCUGAAAUAUAUAAUCUAUGAUCGAUUCUUCUAUUGCUCAAUGACUCCGCAUGUGAGAAUGUGUAAGCCAUCGACAGAUGGUGUCAGUUCGUUUCGAGAUUUGCUCAGUAAGCCAGUAUUGAGAUAUUCCGCCUGGGUGAUGGCCACAUUGACCAUAGCUGGCAAUAUAUUGGUGCUUUGGGGACGCUUCAUCUAUCGCGACGAGAACAUGGCAGUCACAAUGGUUAUACGUAAUCUGGCCUUGGCUGAUAUGCUAAUGGGUUUCUAUUUGAUAACCAUCGGAGUGCAGGAUUAUCGUUAUAGAAAUGAAUAUUACAAGGUGGCACUUGAUUGGAUUAGUUCGUGGCAGUGUACGGCUAUUGGAACACUUGCGGUCAGCUCUUCGGAGGUCUCCAUGCUUAUAUUGGCCUUUAUGUCGCUGGAACGUUUUCUACUUAUUGCUGAUCCAUUUCGUGGCCAUCGUAGCAUCAGUUUUCGUAUUAUGUGUUUAACCCUGUUGGGAAUCUGGCUAACGGGAGUGGGUCUGGCCGUAGCUCCAGUUUUGCUUUGGCAUUCGAGUACGAGAUUUUAUGGGGCUCAUUCCGGGACAUGUUUUCCAUUGCAUAUACACGAGGCCUAUCCUCUGGGUUGGCAAUAUUCGGCUUUUGUUUUCCUUGGCGUCAAUCUGUUGCUUCUUCUGAUGAUAGCUUUGCUUUAUACGGCUCUAUUGAUUUCCAUUUGGCGUACAAGAAGUGCCACGCCGUUGUCCUUGCUGGAUUGUGAGUUCGCAGUGCGUUUCUUCUUCAUUGUCCUCACGGAUGUCCUUUGCUGGGCUCCCAUUAUAGUUAUGAAAAUAUGGGUGUUCUUUAACUAUAAUAUAUCAGAUGAUAUCUAUGCCUGGUUAGUGGUUUUUAUUUUGCCACUCAAUUCGGCAGUGAAUCCUUUACUCUAUACCUUUACCACACCCAAAUAUCGUAAUCAGAUUUUAUUGAGGGGCUGGAAAAAGAUAACAUCACGUAAAAGAGCUGAGACAGGCAUUGGAAAUGCAGCCACAACGACGACUGGAACGGCCACAGGAUCCUCACAAAAUCCGGAUGAUUCAAUUAAUGUGGGGAAAGCCAUGCCCUUGACAUUGACCAUGAGCACACAUUGAAAGUUUUCAAUUAA